GAUGAGGAGGAGGAGGAGAACAGUAAUCUGGAUUAGAGGCAGAGUCGUGUGCAUUAAUCUUCUCUUCAGUGGAGCACAGAGAAAAAAUCUGUUACAGAGAGAACAAGUGACAGAACACCAUCAUCUUCAUCUUCAUCACUGGAUGGUCAGACAUGCGAUUGUUCAGCCUGCAGCAUCGCAUACGAAGGGAGGCGGAGCCGGAUUCUGAGCCCGCCCCCAGACCACCCCCUUCCACUCACCAUUCCCACAACUUUAUUGAAAUGAAAAACAAAUUCUUCAAUGAGUUCGGACACCUUCCCAACCACAAGAUCAAACUGCCCAUGUGGGCAGUUGGUGCCAUCGUGGUUGUGGCUCUCGUCCUCAUCGCCUGCUUUGCUUUCUGUUUGUACAAAAAGUGUUUUGGAGUGAAGAAAAAGGCAAAGAAAGUGAGAGAGAGGAAGGGCGUACGGCGUAUGAUGAAAAAAGAGAAAGAGGGAGAGGAAGAAAAGGAGGAGGUAAAAAAGGAAGAGGAAAAAGAACAGGAAUUCUUUGGAAAAUUGGAAUACACACUGGAUUACAACUUCACUGAGAAUCAGCUGAUUGUUGGAGUUCUUCAAGCUCAGGACCUUCCUGCGAUGGACAUCGGCGGCACCUCAGAUCCCUAUGUUAAAGUCUACAUGCUUCCUGACAAGAAGAAGAAGUUUGAGACUAAAGUGCAAAGGAAGAAUCUCUGUCCUGUUUUUAAUGAAACCUUUAUAUUUAAGACGCCCUUUAAUGAUCUUGCAGGACAGAUGCUGGUGCUCCAGGUGUUUGAUUUUGAUCGUUUUGGGAAACAUGAUGUGAUCGGAGAAAUAAAAAUUCCAAUGAACAGUGUGGAUCUGGCACAACCAAUUCAUGAGUGGAAAGACCUGGUGGGAGGAGAGAAAGAAGAGCAGGAGAAACUGGGUGAUAUCUGCAUUUCUCUGCGUUACGUUCCAACAUCUGGAAAACUCACAGUGUGUGUGAUGGAGGCUAAGAACCUGAAGAAAAUGGAUGUUGGAGGUUUAUCAGACCCAUUUGUGAAGGUGGUUCUUCAACACAAUGGUAAACGUUUGAAGAAGAAGAAGACCACAGUGAAGCAGAACACACUGAACCCCUACUUUAAUGAAAGUUUCAGCUUUGAGAUUCCUUUCGCUCAGAUUCAGAAGGUACAGGUUCUGAUCACAGUGUAUGACUAUGAUAAACUGGGAAGUAACGACGCAAUUGGAAAAUGUUGGAUUGGAUACGGGGCGAGCGGAGUCGGACUGAGGCAGUGGUCAGACAUGCUCGCUAACCCGAGACGCCCAAUCGCCCAGUGGCACACACUCCAACUUGAGGAAGAAGUGGACGCUGCGCUGAAGGCACCGAUCCGCUAAUCUCUUUCUCUCUCUUUCUCUCUCUCUCACACACACACACACACACACACACACACACACACACACACACACACACACACACAAAACUGAAAUCUAACAUGUCUGGUAAGUAAUUGUUUACUUUUGUUGUAACAAUCCAUUUGUAACCAUCAUUUAUACACAGUUUUAAGGUAAUUAUAGCACAUUUAGGGGUGUGUGUGUGUGUGUGUGUGUGUGUGUGUGUGUCAGUGUUGUAUGUAAAUGUAAUAUGCUUGUGUUUUUAUUGUGUUACUCAGUUCAUUUACAGAAAUGUGCAAAAUAUAGAUAUAAAUAGAAUCUAAACCUCUGUAACACUUUUUCUAAUCACCACAAAUAAAAUAAUUACAUCAUCAAA